UUGCAAGCAGCUGAGAGGUUGAAGGUUGCGGCCGGUCAGCUGAUUCAGAGAGGUGGGAGUUGCUGCAAACAAUGUACCAAACUGGGUGCCUUCAGAAACACCGAACAGCGUGCGAGUGAAGUCCGUGCGCUCUGCUUCAGCACGGUUCAACCUCGCCGGUUCUCCUACAACCCCCCUUACCAGCUCACGGGGCAUUUCCGUUCAGCUCGAUUACUUUUGUUACCGUUCCCACCGCCUCUCCUAAGUAAAAGGUGGUACUUGGCGUUUUGUUUUUCUAGUAAUGCGAAGGAGGGCUGAUUCUCUGACAGUAGAACAUGACACCACUGUUACAACCGUACAGAAGGGCUCAUCGCAAACUGCUCCGAGAUUGAAACACAACCACAAGGUAGCAGCUAGUAAAAAGGACAACGACUUCGGCACGGAUGCGAAGAUAGGAAUGAGAAUUGGUUACCGAAGACGAUCCCGUUUGUUGAACAGAAUCAAGAAAGUAGCUUUGUGGUUCUUAGCAGUGUACAUAUGCAUUCCUUUCAUAGUAAAGCUAUGUCCAGCCAUCCAAGCCAAGCUUGUCUUCUUAAAUUUUGUGCGGGUACCAUAUUUCAUUGAUUUAAAAAGGCCACAAGACCAAGGUUUGAACCACACAUGGAAUUUUUAUCUUCAGCCUGAAGAGACAAUUACUAUCGGUGCUUGGCACACAGUACCUGCUAAACUAUGGAAGGAGGCUCAGGGGAAAGACCAAUCAUGGUAUGAAGAAACCUUGGCAUCGGGCUCUCCUAUCAUUCUUUACUUCCAUGGCAAUGCAGGCACCAGAGGUGGGGAUCAUAGGGUCCAACUAUACAAGGUCCUCAGCUCACAAGGCUACCAUGUAGUUGCUUUGGAUUAUAGAGGAUGGGGAGACUCCGAAGGAACUCCCUCUGAGAGUGGAAUGACCACAGAUGCAAUCUACACCUACAAUUGGUUGAAAGCGAGGAGUGGUAAGAGUUCUGUUUACAUCUGGGGCCACUCACUAGGCACAGGUGUUGCUACAAAUGUUGUAAGGCAGCUGUGUGAAAAAGGUACCCCUCCAGGUGCCUUAAUUCUGGAAUCUCCUUUCACUAACAUUCGGGAAGAAGCCAAAAGCCACCCUUUUUCACUGGUCUACAGGCACCUACCUGGCUUUGACUGGUUCUUCCUAGAUCCAAUCACAGAGAGUGGUAUAAUAUUCCCCAAUGAUGAAAAUGUGCGACAUAUCACCUGCCCAUUGUUGAUUCUCCAUGCAGAAGAUGAUGCUGUCAUCCCCUUCCACCUAGGAAAAAAGCUUUACGAUAUUGUUGCAUCUUCUCGAAGUAGCAGGAAAGUGCAGUUUAUUCCCUUCCAUAAAGACCUCGGCUAUCGGCACAAGUAUAUAUACAAGAGCCCUGAACUUGCUCAAAUUCUGAGGGAGUUCUUAGAUGAUCCAUCCUUUCAUCAUUAAUGAGGUGCACCACGGUGAACAGAUAACAACUUCAGAGCAGCAUGAAGACUUCAGUCCUUGUCAACAUUGAGUUACAUUCCACUAAACUUGUUCUGUUUGAAGACAAAAUAAAAAUCAUGAUCUCAGAAAUUUUAUUUUUAGUCAGGUGAGAAGGAGCGCUGAGCUAGGUAUAAUAAUAAAGCAAAGUAAAGGACAUUAAUUGAAAUUUCAAGGAGUUUAGGUUUAAUAAAGAAGUGAAGAUGCUCAUUUAUUUUCUAGACCAUUGUGAUGGAAUUCUUGUGUUAAGGUUUCCAAAAUGUAAACAUAAGUAAGGAGGAUCAGGGUAAUUUCAAAUUAUGAUUCUUAUCAACACACUCCAUUUGUUGCUUCCAAAUCGUGGAUGAUCUUAAACAGUACUUUUACUUUUGAGAGUGUAAACUUGUUGAUGUGCCCUGUAAUGUUGGUUUAAUCUUCAUGGUUCUGUUCCAUUGUGAGAAGGGUUUUGUGAAGAAAUAUUGUUCAUGUGAAGGUAAUAACUAUUCAGAAACUCAGAUUGAUGAGAACAUCUGAAGGAUUGUACCUUUAGGGAAAAUUCAAGUGAGUCUGUCUUGAUCUAGUAACUAGCUGUAUUCAGAUAGGUAGUUCUCUACAAGCUAGAGGUAAUGGUCAUAUGUACUAUGUCUUGUGAGCAACUUCCUCUCAGUAUCCAGGCAAUCUGAGUUUUGCUACAAAAAAAAUGGGAGGUUGUGAUGAUACUAUUCCAAGAUAAAUAUUCAAAAUCAGAUCAACUGUUGAGCCUUGUGUGUUGUUGGUACAAAACUGUUGGGUGUCUGAAUGAACUGUUUUUGUGAAAAUUUUCAUUGUCACAUAGCUUUUGAAGACGAGCAGUGGGGCUUACUGUAUCACCAGAACAAAUCAAAAUUACAAUUAACUUGUCUAGCGAUUAACUUGCAUUGUGAACUAUUAUCAUAGCCCUGCUGAUGCACUGUAGUCAGUGAACAACGCUACUUGUAUAGCAGUGAUUAUGUGAGAUAUGUUAAAUUUACUGGUUGACUUCUGGGGCACAGUGUAACACUCUUUUAAUCUUAAAUUCAGUCGCUUUAGAAUAUAAGUACAGCGGCAUUCAUUAUUGAACAUGCUAAAAUUCCUCUUAACACACUUCACUGUUAUAAUGAAGAUUUAACUGGUAAAUAGAAAAAGCCUUUGGUAAAGAAAGCAAACGCCUUGUGUAGAGCAUAAACUUUAUUUAUUGAAGUAUUUACAUAUUUGUCUAACAUACACCUGAUUUGAUAAAAUUAAAACAUGAAAAUGCUGGAAAAAAGAAAAAAAUAUAGAAAAUUUAGAGAAGUGUAGAAGACCUGCUGAGAUGAGUAAGGAAGAGUCAAGUAUAGUGGAUUCCUGUUGAUUGGGGCAUGGGUUAGUCAUUACAGCUGAUUAUUGGGACAAUUCUUUGUUUAUUUAGGACACUGUGCCACUUAAUUGGGACAGGAGAUGGUCAGUUAUGUGCACUUUUCUGACUGUUAGGCACUACAUUUCGCUUAGAAUGAACGAAUGCCUGUGCUUGUGUUACAUUAUCCAUUUGGGCUGAUGGACACCGAUUCAAAAAGCAAUGAGCUUUGAUCAUUGUUUUUUUUAUUUAAAAAAAUUAUUUGAGAACCUUGCCACAAUAACAUCUGGCACUAGCCGGAAAAAUUACCCUACUGGACCAAAUUAAAAGCCACCCCUCUGACACCAUUCAUCAUCAGCUGGCAGAGAUAACUCACUGAAAUCUACAAUUCCACGCUUGAUACAUCAGCAAAAUAAUCUGUGAGAAGAAUGGGCAUUGCAAGAGGGACAACAGGGAAUAUCCCAAAAGCAAAAGUGCGAAGGUAAAGAUCCAGAUGUUGAAGAGGUGCUCAGUCAGUGGUUUUCCAUUGUAACUGGAUGAGAUGUGCAUGUCAGUAGACCAAUGUUUAACAAAAAAAGUCUAAGGAACUAGUUAAGAAGUUGGGACAUGAAGAUUUUUAAAGCAAUAGAUGGUUGGUUGACUCAAUGGAAAUGUGGGUACCACAUUAAAUUCUAGAAAACACACAGCGAGAAAGCUAGUGCUGAAAUGCGGAAACAUGAAAACACAAAGCUUCCCAACUUGCUACGAAAACUUUACGCAGUUGAUAUCGGCAAUGCCGAUGGAACAGGCCUUUUUUUAUCAUGCCACGUAGGACAAUUCCCUUUGCUACAAACGUGCAACACUAGCUGGUUCAAAGAAAGCGAUGGAUCGCAUAACGGUGUGUUGUUCAAAUAUGUCAGGAAGAGAAAAAGAAAUUGUUGGUUAAUGGCUAAAGUAUUAAACAUGCUUUAAAGGAUUUAGAAUGGGUAGUUUACCAAUCAAGUACUAUGCCAGCAUACACUCGAUGAAUUCCUCAAUUGGUAACCGUUAUAAAAUAGUUUUAUAGUACAAUUUCAUUUAAAUUCAUAAUUUGUUAUUCAGUUUGUCUUUUUUUUAUAUAUACCUUUUAACUAUUUCCAUGAAACUUCGGCUAAUUGGAGCUGCCGCCUAACGGGCCGAAGCAUAUUGGUCCUGAUAUGUCUCAAUUGACUGGAAUCCACUAUAUAUCUGUCACUCCUACUGAAUCAGGAAUCUGUCUUUCUCAAUGCUGAAUUUCUGGAAAUGUUUUAGUAAAGAUCUCACUGAUCUACUUCAAUGAUGGAAAGGAGGCUUUCCUGUUCCACUGAAGAUAAUAACUAGCAAGUCUGUAAGUCAUACAGCCUUGAGAAAAAUAUUUGAUGAGUUUCUCUGGCUGGGGAAGUUGCAUGGAAUUUCACAGCACAAAAUCAGGCCUUUUGCCUCAUAGAUGGCUUACAUUGUUGUUUCCUUGUUUCAUAUCAUCUGAUCAACAUUGUUACCCCUUUCUACCUCAUGUGCAUACUUCUGGCUGUGGUCACCCAGCAAGGGUUCUCCAGUAAAUCUCCCUCUCGAACUGAAUCUUUGCAGCUUGACUUUAAGCAAUGAUGCUAAUAGAAAUCAACAUUAUUUAUUUUUCCUGAGUGUGUCUGGUAAUGAUAGUUAAAUCAUACUUGGCUUAAUUCUUUGUGUAACUUGCAGUUUGCUGUUAAUUCUUGAGCAUUAACUUUACCCACAGUCCCCAUUUGUUAGACCUGGAGUUUUACAUGGGCAGCUGAUGUCUUAACCUUCAUAGUCAUUUGUAGGCAGUGUAGACAUUUAGUAUAACUAUCAUUAAUGAUUUUUUGCCAUUUUUCAAAACUAUUAAGAUGUUGUGCUUGGCUCAUUGGUGACACUGUCACCUCAUGUCAGAGUAUUAUGGAUUCAAGCCUGUGUGCAGAGGGUGAAUGCACUGCAUUGACUGAAGUCUUUUGGAUGAAUUGUUAAACUGAGACUCUACACUCUCAGAGAAUACUAAACAUUUCACAAGUGGGGAAACAUGCCCCUAAUUCAGCUAUGAAACCCACAUGGGGUUAGUCAUAACUAAUAGGGUAAUAAUAACUGUGUAGUCAAUAAUAACUGUGACUUUUGGGUUUAUGUUUAUAAACUUGUAAAUAAUUCAGAAGGGGCAAAAGCAAAAUAAUGUGGGUGCUAAUAUCUGAAGUAAAAGGGAAAAAAUGUCGUAAAAAGUCAACCAGCAGUUGUAGAGAAAUACAGGUUUAAUCAGUGUUGGCUGAGCUGAUGAAACAUUUACAUAGCUCCUUUUUGUCAUGGACAAAAAGACUUGCUUUUAUCUAGGGUUCACAGAAAAGUCAUCAAAAUCAAUUUGCUGCAAUGAAAAAUCUUUUGAAAUAGUGACUGAUCUGUCAUAGUGGCAAAUGACUUGCUGUGCAGCAAGGUUCCAUAAAUAACAAUAUGAUAAUGACCAGUCUAAUUCUUUGUGAGAUAUUAUCGUGCUGGAGGAGGGUUAUUUUGUCCUUUGAAAUAGUGCUGCCAUGUGUUUCUACAAGCCGUUUUGUCCAUAAUAAAGCAGUAAUUAUAUAAAAACUCUUCAAGCCAGCCAAUUCUGAUUAAACCCUCUACUGCCAGUUGGAGGAACAUCACCUUGUAUUCAGUCCUGAUAGUUCUCCAGCCUGAUGGCAUAAACAAUUUCUCAACUUCCAGUAACCAGUCACAUCUGUCCUUUUUUGUUUUCCUUAUCCCACCAUCUCCCUCUCUUCCUUGCCCUCUCGAUCUGCCCAUCACCUAUAUAUUCCUCCCAUUGAUUCCCUUCCUCGCUUCACUUCCUUUAUUCCAUGUUUCACCAUCCACUCCUAUCAGAUUCUAUUUUCUACAGCACCUUUAACUUCUGCCUAUCACCUUCCAGCUUCUCAUUCCCAUUCUCUUACCAGCUGCUUAUCACCCACCAGCUGUAUCAACCAUUUCUCCUCACCUUUUAUAUUGGCUAACUCCCAUCUUUCUUCCCAAUCCUGAUGGAGUCUCAACUUGAAGUGUUGACUAUCCAUUUCCCUCCACAGGCACUGCCUGACCUACUUGAGUUCCUCCAACUCCUUUAUGUUGCUUCAGAUUUCCGGCAUCUGCAGUCUCUUAUGUCUCUCUGCUUAAACCCUGUACCUUGCCAUACAGAUACUCAGAUCUUUCUGUUGAUAGGUGUCAGAUUGAUGUAGCUGCUAUUGAAUCAUACAUCUCCGUUUUAACGGCAUCACUAUUCUGAGGAAGCCAAAUCUUCAAGGGAAAGCUUUUACCUAUUGACUUUUGCUUGUGGUUUAUUCUAGCAACGUGACCUAUUAUUAUCAGGUGCCACCGUUCUUCAACUGUUGCUUAUGGAGUCAGUUACACCAUGUUUAAAUAAAAACCAGAACAUGACCUUACAUUGUAGUAGAUAAGGCAGCUGAAUCAGCAGAUGAUUUCAUGAUUAAACUGGCAGUAAUCAUUUGUAACAUCACAUCUACAGGUUUCUGAUAGUCUACUAUUGUGGCUGGAUUAAGCAUGGAGUCCAUUUAAAAUGUCUUGUUUUAUAACAGAAAGGCUGUAGUUCUUCAUAGAUCCAUCUCAUUAUACUCUUCAUGAAGUGCUGCACUCCCCGCAUGGCACUGCGUUAUAAUCACUAUUUAAUAUCCAGUCUCACAGAGGGAAAACUUACUAAUGUCUGUGCAAGUAAUCAAAGUACAGGUGUUAUACAACCAGGAAAUAUGUGAGAGAGUAGAAGGUGGGAAUAUUCCACAAUAUUUUGUUUUAGUUACUUGCAAUCAGAUUUUUCAGAGAUCCUGAAAGCACAUUGCAUUUAGAUGUAUGAGCCAUAAUGGACUUAGAAUUACUUUGUAUGAUCAAGACUGUUAAUAAUUGUAAGUUAUUAAAUGGAAGGUUGGAAUCUACUAGGAUAGUUUAUGUAAAUUCUGCACCCCUAUGAGCAUGUCAGUUGGACUAUAGGGGAAUAGAGGGUUAAGAGGAAGUGGAAUGGAUCAGACCAGCCAUGUCUCACUGGAUGCCAAAGUCUGCUGCAGAUGCCCCAGCAUGAAGCCUAAUCAGGCUCCUGGCCUUUCAUCAUGAAAGAUACACAAUUUAGCUUUUAAAAUGAUUGGAACUGUGAUUCUAUUAAAUGCAAGUUUCAAUAUUUUGAAUCGUUUAUUGUGACCUUCAGUGUAAAGGAGCCUCUUGAGCAUGCAUAAUAAAAGCAGAUCACUUGAAAAAGUGCUUCUCGUGUUCCCCAUUGGACUUGUGUUCAUGUUCUCAUUAACUGCAGGAACUCUCCUGUUCCAGCAGUUUGUUAAAAGCUGUAAAUGGGUCGUUCCCCCCCCCCCCCCAACCAGUCUGCUUUAAUGUGGAAUUAAAUUGUAAUGAUAUCUGCAAUGGAACUUUAGGGCAAUAAUCUAAUGUGAAUAUUGUUAUCAGAUUCUGCAGAUGCUGGAAAUCCAGAGCAGCACACAGAGUGCCUGAGGAACUCAGCAGGUCAGGCAGUACCUAUGCAAAGGAAUAAAGAGUCGAAGUUUCAGACUGAGACCUUUCAUCAGAACCAGGCAGUUUACUGUAAUAAUAAACUUCAACAGGCACUCCAGGAGUUUAGCGGCCAAAUCCAUCAACACUGAUGUGCACACAAGGAAGGAGUGUCAAUAAAAGGGCCUUGCCAAAAUCCAGGUGUAGGGAAUGAUUCUUCCAAGUCUCAGCCCAAAAUGUUGACUGUUAGUUCCCCUCUAUGGAUGCUGCCUGACCUGCUGAGUAGCUCCAGAAUUUUGUGUGCUUUAGUAGUAAACACUGGACAGAACUCGCAAUCCCUCUUCCAGUCAAAGGGAACACUUCCCCUAGAUGUCAGCAAGUUUUUAAAUUAUUCAGGGAAUGAAAACUUAGAUGUAGAAAUGUGUAAGGGAAACCAAAACCAGGGACCAUAAUGAAAGCUGGUCAUUAAUAAAUCCAGUAAAGAACAUAGGAGCACAUAGAGAGGGCUGAAAAUGUAAAACUCAAGUCAUACAAGUUCACCAAUGAAUAUGCAUUUAAAGGGAAUGGUAGGUAAAUAUCCAACAGGCACAGAAAUAGAGAUACAGUGAUGGUAUUAGAUGAAAAGCUGUGUGAAGUAUUAGCACACUCUUAGACAAAUUUACUCGUUUCUGUGCUAUGAGUUGUGUGUUUAUGUAAAAGCAAAGGAGUUUUGCAUACUUACAAUUACUAACGAUAUCAGUAACCUUUUAUUUUGUUGCUAUGUGCAGAUGAGGAAGCAAUUGAAUGGUUGUGUAAACAUCAAGUGUAAUGGCAUUUUGUGCAGUGUUGUGAACAGCCUAAUUGAGAGGUCAAACAAUUGCGUGAUCUUGCACAUUUUGUAAGCUGCUGAAUCUAAGACUUUGCUUGAAUAUUAACUGAAUUUAUGUACUGUAUAUUUUUUAAAUAAAUAAAAUCCUGAGCCUAA